AUGAACUCUCCACGGAUAUGGUGUGCCAUAUCAGCGCCCGCUGAUCCUUCUCCAUCUUCCCUCAUCCCCACACCUAAAUUUGUUGUGGUCCUCACACCUCCGCAUCACUAUCUGUCCUCCUACCUUUUGGUGCGUCUUUUCGACGUCAACAUGCCUCUUUGGACUUGUGUUACUCUCGCGAUGCCAAUCAAGACCACCUUUCUGUGGUGUAUGCACUUUUUGCGCACUGUGAUCAAAAACUCCCAGCCUGGCAACGACGUGCCACUGGAAAUCAGCUACGUUCUGGAGCUUGAAUGUGGCAAGAGAUUUUCCGCAAAAAUGACUGCAAACCAGCAUGCUAAGAGCGUGCACGACCAUGUCAGAUGGCCCUGCUCACGCGCAGAGGAGAUGGAUUGUGACAAGACGUUUACCGCAAAAGGAGAGUGCAUUCUGGUUGGCAAUCACUUUCGUGGAAAUGUUCUUGUCGCAUUUCAGCUCCUCUGCACGUGGGCAGGGCCAUUUGACGUGGUCGUGUACCUUCUUAGCAUGCUGCUUUGCAAUCCCUGUUGCGGAAUACCACACCGUCCAUCCUGUGUCAAGGUUGUUUCGCCCGGAACUCGGCAUGCAUUCCUGUACGUUUCGCUAGGGUUUUUCCUUCUAGUAACGCCGCGCGGAACUCAGGGGGAUCACUUCCCCCGCCAUGACUGCUUUCGCCGAAGCAUGGGCCUACUUCCACUCUCAGAAGUUGCUCCGUGUCUGCCCGGAGAUGAUGUUUUCGUCGCCUGGGCGAAGGCUAAACUGACGUUCCACUCCCACAUUUCGCAGGCGGUUCGCGAUUAUUUCGUCCAGGACCCUACUGAGGACGUCCAGCAGUGGCUUGACCAAAUGGAUGCGGACUUCCCUCUGUAUUUGGAGGAAAUCUAA